GCUACAUCACCCCCGAAAUUGCUGGGAAGUUCCCAGGCUUUCUUUCCCCGAGCAUGGGUCUCAAGUUCGCAGACGUUCCAAAUGGUCUCGCCGCCAUCUCGAAGGUACCCGCCGGAGGCUGGACCCAGAUCCUGCUGUACAUGGGUUGGUGCGAGGUGUCUCGCGGAGCAGGCUCCGACAUCGCCAGCGGCCGCCCUGGCGACUUCGGCUGGUACGUCCUCACCAGCGCGGACGCCGAGGAGAAGAAGAAAAAGUUGAACGCAGAGUUGGCAAACGGUCGCCUUGCGAUGAUGGCCAUCAUUGGCAUGUUCUACCAGGACGGCCUGACGGGCUCCGCCUGGGGUGACUGGGCCAACUACACGGAGUCCCCGCUCCGCGCGGCCCCGGACUUUACCCAGGAGCUUGGCGUCACGCCACCCCUGGGAUUCUUCGACCCGCUGGGCCUUAGCAAGUACGAUAACGAUGAGAUCGCCAAGCAGCAGUUCCGCCGAAGGCGGAUCGUCGAGCUGCAGCACGGCCGAGUGGCCAUGCUGGCAUGCAUCGGAUACAUUGUCCCUGAGUACGUUCGCUUCCCAGGAUUCUGCGCCCCUUCGCAGAACUUGGCCUUCACAGAUAUCCCCAACGGCCUGAAGGGCGCCGCAGCAGUGCCCCUGGCAGGAUGGCUCCAGAUCGUCACCUUCGUCGGCAUAAUCGAGGUGACCAACCUCCAGAGCAUUCAGACAGACAUCCUCGGCGACUAUGGCUACGGCGCGUUCGGUCUUCCGUUCGGCAAGAAGAUCGAGGAUCCCGAGAAGAAAGCGAAGAGCUUGAAUGCCGAGAUCAACAACGGAAGGCUGGCAAUGAUGGCCAUCAUCGGAAUGUUCUUCCAGGACGGCCUUACCGGGUCUGCCUGGGGCGACUGGGCCAACUACACUGACUCGCCUCUCCGCGCUGCUCCCGACUUCUCCGGGGAGCUUGGUGUGACUCCGCCCCUUGGAUUUUUCGAUCCCCUGGGCCUCAGCAAGUUCGACGACCCCGAGAUCGCUGCUGCGCAGUUCAAGCGCCGCCGCAUCAUCGAGAUCCAGCACGGGCGCGUUGCCAUGCUGGCCUGCAUUGGAUAUAUUGUGCCGGAGUACGUCCGCUUCCCAGGCUUCUGCGCGCCUUCUCAGAACCUGGCCUUCACCGAUAUCCCGAACGGCCUGAAGGGUGCCGCUGCCGUGCCUUUGUCAGGCUGGCUCCAGAUCAUCACCUUCGUUGGAAUCAUCGAGGUGACGAACCUCCAGAACAUCCAGACCGAUGUGCUGGGUGACUACGGCUACGGUGCCUUUGGCUUGCCCUUCGGCAAGAAGAUCGAGGAUGCCGAGAAGAAAGCGAAGAGCUUGAACGCCGAGAUCAACAACGGCAGGUUGGCCAUGUUCGCCAUCAUCGGCAUGUUCUUCCAAGAUGGCCUCACCGGCUCCGCAUGGGGCGACUGGGCCAACUACACCGAGUCCCCUCUCCGAGCCUUCGAGGAGGAGCUGGGUGUACAGGCGCCUGUGGGCUUCUGGGAUCCCGUGGGCUACACCCGCGAUGGCAAUGUCGAGACCUUCAAGCGCCGGCGUGAGACGGAAAUCAAGCACGGCCGCGUCGCGAUGUACGCCACCCUGGGCUACAUCGUGCCUGAGUACUUCAAGUGGCCAGGAUUCCUGUCGCCGUCCCUGGGACUGAAGUUCUCCGAUGUGCCUAACGGCCUGGCUGCCAUCACCAAGGUGCCUGGUGCGGGCUGGGCGCAGAUCGUGGCCUUCGCCGGCUACUACGAGCUCUUCGUGUACAAGUUCAAUGGAACUCCAG